UUUACUCGACGAGAUUUCCAGAGCUCGUGAACCCUUAAAAAUGGAGAACGCUUUAAACCUGAGAAGCUCCUCUCUACUUCCGCUCAAUACGACGACGUUUCCUUCUCAUCUCUCAUCCAGAAUAAUAUUCACGAGGUUUAAACGCUCAAGCUCACUGCAACACCACCGGAAUAAUAAUAAUAAUAAUAAUAAAUCUGUAUUAAUAAGGAACGCUUUCGGGUCGGAUGAAAAUGGGCAGCUUAACGGGUUCCCCAAUUUACCCGACAAAAUUUUCACCCAAGAGGUAAUUGGAGCUGAAUAUGGGGAAGGUUUCGAAACUUUUAGACCAGAAGGUCCACUUAAAGUUGAUGUGGAUUUUUUAAAUGACAGAAUGCAAGAAGGGUUUCUGCAAAGAAUUCGCUACGCAAUGAAGCCAGAUGAGGCCUAUGGCCUUAUCUUCUCUUGGGAUAACGUCGUGGCAGAUACUCGAGCUUUAAAGUUGCGUGCAUGGGAACAACUUGCAUCUGAAGAAGGAAAGGAGAUUCCCAGAGGUGUCAGUUUGAAAAGAUUUUUACUAUAUGGCGAUGUUGAACAUGUCUUGCACAAGGUGCUGCGCUGGGGGAAGGCUGAAGAUGAUAUAGAUAGACUGAAAUCGAGGAUCUCUCAGUUAUAUUACGACAAUCUUGUCGAUGUGUCGGAACCGAUAGAAGGGGUAAGAGAAUGGUUAGAUGCUGUAGCUACAUCUCGAAUCCCUUGUGCAGUUGUUUCGAGUCUUGGCCGCAAAAACAUGGUUGAGACUUUAGAUCGAAUGGGACUCAAGAAGUUUUUUCAGGCCAUUGUGUCUGAGGAAGACGGAAUGGAAUCCAUAGCCCAUAGAUUCCUUUCAGCUGCUGUAAAGUUGGACAGAAAACCCUCAAAGUGCGUGGUAUUUGAAGACGACCCGAGGGGAAUUACCGCAGCACACAAUUGUACGAUGAUGGCUGUAGCUCUGAUUGGUGCCCAUCCAGCGUAUGAUCUAGGGCAGGCUGACCUGGCAGUGGGCAGUUUUAACGAGCUUUCGGUCAUCAAUCUACGGAGGUUGUUUGCACACAAGGGUUCGACUUUUAUGGAAUUGGAAAAACAAGUAGAAGAGAAAACACCCUCGAGGAGAAAACUCACUAUCGACACCAUUUUCUGAUUUGACACCUCAUCAAAUCUUGCAUAUGUACAUUUGUUGUAAUUAAGGGCUCAUAGUUCUUAUAUAUAUUUUUUGGGAUUUAUCAAGAAAUGUUUUUUUUAACAUUUAUGUGUAUACAGAUUGUACUGUCAUGUUAUUGUUAAUCUGACAUGUAUGUAUAGUUUCUUUUUUCUUUUUU